CUCUUCCCUGGGUGUGUAUUAAUCGCAUUCCUUUCUUCGCGUUGUCGAGUUGUUGUAUCUCCAAAUCUCGAACUCAUCUGCUUGCGGAGAGUCAACAGUCUAAGCACAACCCAACCUCUCUAGUUGCAGCUGAAACAUCUACUACGGCCCUGGAGUGCACUGAGAUCACCCCUUGAUCACAUUUCUAUUGUCGACUUGAAGCACUGGAUAGCGGUAUGCGCAUAUAUAACGCGAAUGUUAUUGUUAUGCGUCUAUCGAGUUCGCCUCAUUCUCCACCAAUAUGACCAUAACGGUCUCAAUUAACGAUCCCGCUUGGUGGCCUAUCAUCAAAGCGUAUCGUCUCGCUAGUUAUUUUAUGGUUGCCGCCUUUAUUGGAGUGACGUAUGAUUGGGCACUUACAUUCGCACAAGAGGUUGAGCUGAUCUGGAGACGACGCUGGUCGCUAAUGACAGUUCUGUAUCUCAGUGUGCGCUACCUUGGAAUCUUAUAUGCUGCCCUGAGUAUCCCGAAUAGUGUUCCGACUAUCUCGCUGACAGACACAGUGAGUCUUCUGCACAGAUAUGUCGUUAUUCCCUUUCAAUUGACCGCAAUACCUUGUAGCAGUGGGUGCUUUAUUAUAUACAUCGUAGAGAAUUGGACGGCUGUUUUAGUAGUUGCAAUGCUGUCAGUCAUCAUCAUUAUUCGGUUACAUGCUAUGUAUCAACGAUCCAGAAAGAUCCUUAUAUUUCUCAUUGUCACCUUCCUGGCUAACAACAUUUUCGAUGGAGUGGUGGCCACAAAGAUAACGAUGCAUAGUUCAGGGGAGGAACUCAUUGCCUUUGGCGUUGAUCUGUGCAGGAUUAACUCUGCGAGAGAUAUCGUACUUCUGAUUUCUCUUACUUGGAUACUCUGCACCGUGUGGGAGGUCGUCACACUGUGUCUCGCAGUCUGUGUAGCGGUAAAACACUUCCGUGAACUGCGACGACAUUCAGCGGGAGGAAUGAUCGGGGACUGUUUUAAGGUGUUGAUGAAAAGUCACGUGGUUUUUUCUUCCAGUUAAAUGCUAGUUUGACUCAACCAUUGUCAACAGUAUGUCAAUCUUUCACCUACCUCUGCAUACAACCACG